AUUGGAUCUGAUGCUCAUCUACCUACAGCGGAAGUAGGAUAUAGGGGUCGGGCGAGUGACCCUUUUCAAAGUUAAUCUUCAUCCUAAUGCAAGUCCGUGUUCGAAGCAUCAGUCUUGCGUUCUUACUGAACCGUACAUGUUCUAAAGAAUCGACCUUUAGAGCGAUUUCAUCAUCUCCGUCUCCAUCAAAUUACUCAACCCAGGCUCGUGGCGGCCUCCCUCGCUUCUAUUCCGAAAUCCUCCCUUCUUCCAAGGGUAGUGUUGUUCGUGUCAAAGGAGAUGAGUUUUGGCACAUGACUAGAGUUCUAAGAUUGACCAUUCACGAUAGGGUAGAGCUAUUUAAUGGAAAAGGGAACUUAGUUGAAGGAUGCAUACAGGACAUUGAUCAAUCUGGACUGAACUUUGUGGCUUUAGAAAAUCCCAAGUUGGUAUCACCUUUGGAGACUCAAUGGCAUGUCUUUGCUGCUUUCGGAACUCUAAAGGGAGGUCGUGCUGAUUGGCUCGUAGAGAAAUGCACUGAGCUGGGGGCCCAUAGCAUUACACCACUGUUGACAGAACGGUCUUCUUCUCUUUCAGAAAAUCGUGUGGAGAGAUUAUUACGUGUCAGUUUUGCUGCAUCCAAACAAUGUCAGCGGCUGCACGAAAUGAGUUUCAACCCUCCUAUUAAAGUUGCUCAGCUCUUGCCUCAUGUUAAAACGUCGCCAUUAUCAUUUAUUGCGUUAGCAGAGGCAGUGCCGGUUUUUAGUGCCUUGAAUUCCCGAAGAAAAGAAUCGUCUGGAUUAUUGGUAAUAGGACCAGAAGGAGACUUCACUGAGAAUGAGAGGAAAAUGAUAGUUGAAGCAGGUGCAACUGCAGUAGGUCUGGGGCCACAUCGCCUACGAGUUGAAACUGCCACGGUGGCACUUUUGGCAACUUUGAUGUUUUGGGCGGACAAUCAGUGUCAACUAGCCAACAGUUAGCAGAACUUACAAGGCCUGCCUAUGUAAGGGGAUUUCUUCGCUGGGCUUAUAAAUUUGGGAUUGCUUGGUUUAUACUUUUCUUGAAGCUUUAGAUGCUCAUUUGGUGGUAUGUCCUGAAUUCUGAACUCGAAAUGUAGUUGCUCACCUUAGCCUAGAGCUUGCAGUCUCUCAUUCUUCUCAUUUUUCUUGCUUUUAUUUAAUCAGACACAACACUAUUUUUAUAUCACACCCAAAUCUCUUGUCAUGCAUAAAAAAAUGUUUAGAAUGUUGGUACUUAUGGAAUUGUUGUGGAUAUUCUGAUAUUAAAAUCAGAGAAUUUCG